AAAAGUCCCAACGAGGUAUCCUGUUCAGCGUUGCUCUCUCUCUCUCUCUCUCUCUCUCAUACACGCAAAGUUCAUCGCAUGCCUUACUAUUAGGCGACCAUUGCGCUUACCCGCCCCUCCAGCGGAAGACCCCACGAGGAUCCGCUUCCUUUUUCUCUCGGUCGCCGGGUUCUCACGUUCGCGGAUCGCCGGCCUUCCCCUUUUCCCCAUCAUGCCUUGCGCGGACGGGGAAAAACCGCCCAGUGCGUGGCGUGUAGGGGUUGCGACGCUUUCAGCGCCGGCGGCGGGUUGUGUCUCUUCCUCCUUGCCAGGAGAAAGGUCGCUAACGAGAGUCUGCAAAUCUUCGGGUGACUCUCCGCGUGCAUUUUCCCAUUCGGAGCGCAUAUGCAUUUGACUAUUCCAGCCAGAUAAAAAAGAGAUUGGAUGUUUAAAAGAAACACAUGAUUUGGAUACUUGUGAGAGAAGCACUGUUCCCUUCCUUCCACAGCUGCGUAAGAGUUGAACCCUUCCGCUUCUGAGCAUGAGGUCAGUGCAACUUAACUGCAGCGCCAGGCGGCAUCUGUGUUCUCUCUGCCGCCUGGUUCUCCAGGCUCAGCAGAAGGGCCAUGAUGGAUCUGGAGGCUGCCGGUCUUUCUCUCAAGCAAGUACGACUGACCCGCACGGUCAGGUAGGAAGAAUGGCCCAUCUAAAAAAUAGGACGGAGAAGCAGAAGAGGCAGCGGAAGAGGAUGGAGUCCAUCGAAGCCCAGCUGGCUGCUGGGCUAAAGGAGGAGCCUCCAAGCCAAGAGAAGGGGAGAAGCUCGAAAAACACGGUUCUAUACAACAUCCCGACUGAACCUGGGCAAAAGAAAGAUACCUCAGGGCCGCUGCCUGCCUCUUAUAGCCCACGCUAUGUUGAAGCUGCUUGGUACGCUUGGUGGGUGAAGGAGGGAUUUUUUAAGCCAGAGUACCAGUUCAUGGAGGGUAAAUCAGAGCAGUUUGCCAUGCUUUUGGCAUAG